AUCCUUUCUAUUUGGAGUUGACUCUGCUGCCCUUUGGAGAUCCCAGCGUGUAACCAGAGCUCCUGUCCCGCGGGGGAGGCGCCGCACGCCCGUCCCGUCGCGGUGCCUGGCGGAGGUGGCUGCGCCCGCCCGCCGCGUCUUCGCUCCCAGGCCGGUGGUCCGACGCCACAUCCGCCAGGUCGCCUGCGUCCACGACGAUUAGGCGGUGGCCCCAAGUCAUGGCUGCCCGGCUAGGCGCGCUCGCCGCGUCGGGGCUGUACAGGAGGCGCCAGCACCGGCAGAGCCCGCCAUCAGCUACCCCAGGCAACAUGUCUGACGCCUUGGCCAACGCCGUGUGCCAGCGCUGCCAGGCCCGCUUCGCGCCCGCGGAGCGCAUCGUCAACAGCAACGGGGAGCUGUACCACGAGCACUGCUUCGUGUGUGCCCAGUGCUUCCGGCCCUUUCCCGAGGGGCUCUUCUAUGAGUUUGAGGGCCGGAAAUACUGCGAACACGACUUCCAAAUGCUGUUUGCCCCGUGCUGCGGAUCCUGCGGCGAGUUCAUCAUUGGACGCGUGAUCAAGGCCAUGAACAGCAACUGGCACCCGGGGUGCUUCCGCUGUGAGCUGUGUGAUGUGGAGCUGGCCGACCUGGGCUUUGUGAAGAACGCGGGCAGGCACCUGUGCCGACCUUGCCACAACCGUGAGAAGGCCAAGGGCCUAGGAAAGUACAUCUGUCAGCGGUGCCACCUGGUCAUUGAUGAGCAGCCCCUCAUGUUCAGGAAUGACGCCUACCACCCAGAUCACUUCAGCUGUACCCACUGUGGGAAGGAGCUGACUGCCGAGGCCCGGGAGCUGAAGGGUGAGCUCUACUGCCUACCUUGCCAUGACAAGAUGGGGGUCCCCAUCUGUGGGGCCUGCCGCCGGCCCAUUGAGGGCCGUGUGGUCAACGCGCUGGGCAAGCAGUGGCACGUGGAGCACUUUGUCUGUGCCAAGUGUGAGAAGCCAUUCCUGGGCCACCGACACUAUGAGAAGAAGGGCCUGGCCUACUGCGAGACCCACUACAACCAGCUCUUUGGGGAUGUCUGCUACAACUGCAGCCAUGUGAUCGAGGGUGAUGUGGUGUCUGCCCUCAACAAGGCCUGGUGUGUGAACUGCUUCUCCUGCUCCACCUGCCACAGCAAGCUCACCCUGAAGAACAAGUUUGUGGAGUUCGACAUGAAGCCGGUAUGUAAGAAAUGCUACGAGAAGUUCCCGCUGGAGCUGAAGAAGCGGCUGAAGAAGCUCUCAGAUCUGACGUCCCGCAAGGCCCAGCCCAAGUCCGUGGAUGUCAACUCUGCCUAAAGGCUCCCCAGUUGCCUGGCCCCCUUCUCCUGGCCGCCUCCCACUUCUCCACUCUUUCCUUCUCUCAGCCCCGUCCCCUGCCUUCUGCCCUCUCCCCACUCACCAGGGCCUCCCUCCCAUCUGGUCUGGGUCUGUGUGCUCCAGCACCUCCCUCCUUGGCCAUCCUCUCCUUCCUCUUCUGUGCAGAGGCCUGAUCCGCACCUGACAGCCACUUCCACCUGUGCCCCUGACCUGUCCUGCUCUGCAGGGGUCUUCUUGGCACUCACUCUGCUAUGGAGCCUCAGCCCGAGUGGCACGUGGAGCACCCACGGCCAUCAGGCCCAGGCAGGCGGAGGCUUCUGGGGCGGGGGACACCACUCUUCAAUCCCACAGUCAGUCACUCAAUCACGUAGGGUCCCUCUGCUCAUCCUGGGCCAUGCCCACCCACAAACCGGCUGGAGGGACGUGGCCCCAGCCCCUCCCCUACUCCAGGACCCUCUCUGACAUCUUGUCUCGGCCGCCCUCCUCAAGCUGUGGUUCCCCUCUCCUCAAACCCAGGAUCUACGCUGAGCCUCUGGGCAUGGCCUGGGGGCCAGGAGGUGGUGGAGUGAGAGGCGGCUCUCUCCCACUUCCAGGGCGGACCCUUCCUCCGUGGCCAGCUUAGACCUGGCCGUGGGGCUC